UCGUUUCUUUUCUUCGAUAGCGCUCACGCAUUCAGUUGUAAAUAAUAGCUGUAUAUAAUAUCAUACUUUUUGACCAUCGGCUGCGGUGGUUAAGUUUGGCUGUCAAGUCGAUUUUUUUUUUUUCACUAGCAAUAAGAUACAAUCCGAUGCAUCUCUUUGACAGGAAACUCCAAGAUCUAUUUCGGGAGAGAACUGUUCUGGAAAAAUGGAUAAUAUUCUUCGCCUGCCUGCUGACCUGUACAUUUUUUGUACUGGCGAUAAUGAGAGUUCGAGGUGAUGGUAUAUUUGCUGAAAAAAAUGUGACGUGUGUAUCCGAUGAAUGUCUAGUAGCAGCUAGUAGCAUUAUGAAAUCCAUUAACUUGGACGUUAAUCCUUGCGACAAUUUUUAUGAAUUCGCGUGUGGAAAAUGGCAGCAAAAUCAUCAGGAGCAAUCUGAAAUCCCUACCAAUUGGUUUGUGGAAAAAUCAAAAAACAUUACCAAGGAAGUUACAAAGAUCUUAGAAACGGACGAUAGCCCAAAUGAUCUGCGGUCCGUAAGAGAAGCCAGACGUUUAUAUCGGUCAUGUAUGGAUAUAAGAACAAUUAACUCAGUGGAAUAUGAACCAGUGUUUGUGUUCCUGGAAAAGGUUGGACUGCCUCGAAAAUUUCCGGAUUUUACUACUGCCACAUACCUCAACGGGACCUCGUUCAACGUGGCAAGGACCCUGGCGCUGAUUCAGCGAUACCUUGGAGUCGAUAUCUUGUUACAGUUAGGCGUGGACGUGAACCCAAACACUAACCUCACAUCUCUUACUAUAAGCCCUGUAUCAAGUUAUAGUUCGCCAUUACCAGAACCACUGUACGACUACCAUAACCAAGAAAAAUUUGGUUACCGGCGACCAUUUGACAUCCAUAGAUUCUUUGAUGCAGAAGAAUUUAAAGAGAGAAUAGCGAGGGCUAAACUCGAGUACAUGGUGAAGGUCAUCAUAACUUUGUUCCCUUCCGAAUUGUUCAACCCUACUUUGGUGCUCCAGAAUUGCGUUAAAGUCCUGGCUUUGGAAAUAAAAUUACUAAAUAAUAACAUAGACUACGAAAUCAAACCAGAAGAAUUCAGAACUGGAGACCUAAUGAAAUACAUGUACUCGAAUUCGUCAGACCCAUUGGAUGAUAAAUUGUUUGACUGGCAAUCGUUUAUUGAUCAUUUUACCACGGAAUCAAAUGUCCAAUGGACGAUGGACGAUGUAGUAUUAGUCCGAGAAAAGGAAUAUUUAUUGGAACUCCAAUGGGUAUUAAUAGACACUCCUCUAGAAGAUAUUCAACGAUUGAUUUGGUGGAGAGUUGUAGAAUCUUUAGUUCUUCACACUACUAGCAUUAUGGUAGAUAUGAAAUCAAGCUACUUUGAAUCCAUAAUACAGUUUGAGAGAAGAUUGACCAGACAGGAAUUUUGUACGUCAGUGACCAAGUCUCUCCUAAAAUUCCCCAUAGCUUACGAGUUCUACACCCGUAAUGACCUAAAAGAUACCAUUGCGAAGGUCUUUGAGAUGGUUAGUCAACUGCAAGAAGAACUCAAAAACAUGAUUAGUGAAUCUGAUUGGACGGAUGAUGAAACUAAAGAAACGAUGUUAUCUAAGUUGGAUGCCUUGAGAAUUGGAGUCGGUUAUCCGAAAAUCUUUGAGACGCCGUACCUCUUGGACCAAAAAUACAGCUACGUCAACAUCAUGGUAUUCGAGUACCUUCAAAGUAUUUUAAAUAUCAAAACCGCAGAAGUUGGUCAAAUACUGGAACAGUUGGGCCAGCCAGCUGCUAAAAUAUCUGCAGAAAAGCAAAUCCUGACUGACCCAUUGGAAGUGAACGCAUUUUACAAUAGAAUGGACAAUUCCAUUAAUAUUCCAGCUGGGAUUUUACAGACACCAUUUUUCUACAAAGGCAACGAUGUCGUUAAUUAUGGUGCGAUCGGUACGGUCAUCGGACACGAAAUUACUCACGGAUUCGACAUCGAAGGUAAAAAUUACGACAUCCAUGGCCAUAAGGUACCGCAAUGGACACCAGACUCAGAGAGACAGUACUUGUUACGGGCGCUGUGUUUCGUAGAUCAGUACGAUAAGUUCAAGUUAAGCCUAUAUACUCAAGUAAAUGGCACGCGCACUCUUGGAGAAAACAUGGCCGAUAAUGUGGGACUGAAGCAGUCGUGGAAGGCAUAUAAAUCGAAUAAAAUCGGUCAACGCUUCCAUCUACCAGGGCUCACUAAAUACACUAACGACCAACUGUUCUUCUUGUCUUACGCAAACUUGUGGUGCCGAGUACCAACCACUAAGAACGACGAACAAAUCCAAGGUAUCCUCCAAGAUGAGCACAGUCCCAGCCUAGUCCGGGUAAUAGGUUCGUUGAGAAACAGCCCCGACUUUGCAAAAGUUUGGAAUUGUCCAGCUGGAAGUCCCAUGAACCCUACCCAGAAAUGCACCAUGUGGUGAAUGUUUAAAAUAACGCCAUCAACAAUCGCUAUCCGCGUAUUUGACGAUUAUUAUUAUUAAUGUUAUUAUUUUGAUUGUCCAUGCGCUUAUAAUAUAUGAUAAUCUAAGUUUUUUGUAUUGUACAAUAAAUGUUAUUCGAUAAAUACCAUGUUAUUGCCUGUUUGUGUAUCGUUCGCGUACGUAUAAUAUAUUGAAUAUGAUUUUAA